GAUCUGCUACAAUGGGUAUUCACGUAACCUUUGCCUUCCCGGCUGGUCAGCUGUCCGGUUAUGGUUCAGUUAAAGAGGGUAUAUAGAGUCAGUGUGACUCCGCUAACCCCCACCAUCACUGCGAAAUGACCUUAGAAGGUGGUGAUCACGAACGAUACGACAUAAUCUUUGCUGGAGGCGGUACUGGUGGAUGUGUAGCUGCAGGACGUCUCGCCGCCGCCGAUCCGUCGCUCAAGAUACUGGUCCUCGAGGCAGGGCCUCACAUUCGGGAUGCUCAAGAUCAUAUUCAGCCUGCUCGGUACUUUCGCAACUUGGCCCUCGCGAAAGAAACGUUUACUUUCCAUGUUGGAAAGCCCAGCGAGUCUAUCGCUGGUCGAUCGCCCAUUGUCCCUUCGGCUAAAUGUGUUGGGGGUGGGUCGGGUGUCAACUUCGUUAUGUAUACAAGAGCAUCUGCAUCGGAUUACGAUGAUUGGGAGAAUAUUGGGAAUCCUGGAUGGGGCUCAGAUGACUUGAUUCCCUUGGCAAGCAGAGCAGAGAACUAUCAAUGUGGUACCGGUAACACCCAUGGCACGAGUGGACCUAUCAGCGUCUCAUCCGAAAACCCUGUGGGAGUUUUCGGACAACAAUAUCUUGCUAUUGCAGCUAAAUACGAUAAAGAUCGUGAUUUCACUGAGGAUCCAAAUGAUUUCAAGUCGUGCAAUGAGUAUGGCCCAUGGCGGAAGUAUAUCGGUUCGGCAUCUGGAAGACGAUCUGAUACCGCCCACCAUUAUAUCUAUAAUCAAGAACACAAUAGUAACCUGCAGGUGCUAGAUAAGAGAAGGGUUAUCCGCGUCAUAUUUGACAAUAAGCGCGCCGUUGGUGUGGAGUAUGCGGACGAAGUUGAUAAUACCGCCGCUGAAAUGCCCGAUGUUCGGCAAGCCUUCGCGUCGCGUCUGGUAGUUCUUUCAGCGGGAGCCUUUGGCUCACCGUCAAUUCUAGAAAGAUCAGGCAUUGGAGCCUCCGAGGUUUUGCAAAGGAAUGAUAUACCUCAACUGGUUGAACUGCCAGGAGUGGGGGAGAACUACAAUGACCAUAAUCUUGUUUUCGUCCCCUACUACGCUGACGAGAGUUCCGAUACCCUCGAUGAUAUCUUCCACGGCGACCCAACAGCUAUCGCGUCUUUAGUUCACGCUGAGCAAUGGCGUAAAGAUGGGACCGGGUUGAUGGCAUCCAACGGUAUUGACGCUGGGAUUAAGAUCAGACCUACCGAAAAGGAUUUGAAGGUUCUUGGGCCUACCUUCGCCAAACGAUGGAACGAUUUCUUCUUGAACGCACCGGAUAAACCUGUCAUGUGGAUUGGUCCAGCUUCCGUUUACUGUAUCACAGAUCCCCCUCGGCAGCCUGGGCGCAAGUUUUUCUCUAUCGGAUACUACACGGAAUAUCCUGCGUCUUUGGGCCGAGUACACAUUCAAGCUGGCCUUAAUCCGUACGCCCCUCUUGACUUUGAGACUGGCUUCCUCGACGAUCCCGCCGACUUGGUUGUUCUGAGAUGGGCGUAUAAGCACGGAAGGGAACUUGCUCGACGCAUGGAUGCUUAUCGCGGCUGUUGUGUACCAGCACAUCCUAAAUUCCCCAAGGGAAACGAAGCGGCUCUCGAACUCCAAGCUCAAAGUCCAAUUGCCGUGUCGGCCCCGGAUAUCAACUAUACGGCAGAAGAUGACUUUGCGAUUGAUGAAUACCACCGUCUGAAUGUUAAAACCGCUUGGCAUUCGCUUGGAACUUGUGCAAUGAAGCGGCGCAGCGAACGCGGGGUCGUCGACUCGCAUCUCAACGUCUAUGGUGUGGAGAACCUUAAGGUCGUGGAUAUGAGCAUUGCGCCAUCCAACGUCGGCGCGAACACUUACAACACCGCGUUAGUCAUCGGAGAGAAAGCAGCAUUGAUUAUCGGAGGAGAGUUAGGGAUUAAAGGCAUUUAGCGCUACAGAUCCCUUAACUUAGGUAUUAGGCAGAACUCAGCUGUACUUCGUAAUGACAACACGCACUGAGCGGCGAGCGCGUCGUCAAAGUUUAUCCUUGUUUUUAGUUUUGACGCGUGACAUCACGCG